AGUGAAGAGAGGAAGAGACAGUUCAGUGCAGAAAUACUGAAAAGGAAGCACGCAGGCAAACGAGGCAUAAAGAGAAGGAGAGACUCACUGUGUCAAUCAUCGAAUCAGGAUGUUUUUUCUCCUCUGGGCGGCUCUGCUUUUCUCUGUGAAAGGCAGCAGUGCUGACACAGGUGCAUCAGUGGAACACUGUAACAGUGGAUUCUGUAUCACUCUUAAUGAAGGAGAAAUAACAGCAGAGGCUGGACUCUGUGUUGUGAUACCGUGUUCCUUCAGUACUAAUCAUGUCUUUAUAACCGAACAUAUAGUUUGGUACAAAUGUGAAUCUAACCGGAGAUGUGGUGACUCAGACGUGAUAUUCCACACCAACAAGAACAACAAAAAAGUUCAGCCUCAGUUCAGAGGACGAGUGUCACUGCUGCAAUCUGACCUGAACCAGAAGAACUGCAGCAUCAUCAUCAAUGACCUCACUGUGUCAGACUCUGGAUCAUAUCAGCUCAGAGUUAAUGGGUUCCGGUAUAAGUGGCCAGGUGGUUCCUUGAAUAAGGCAACUGAGGGAUUUACAUUCUCUGCAAGACCAACUGUCUCUGUUAAAGUGUUUCCGAGGAUCUUAAAAAACUCUGGAUGUAGAGUUCAGUCUGACGUCUUGACCUGUGUGUGUAUCAGUCGGGGGUUUCCUUUACCCACCAUCAAAUGGCCACUGUUGAAGCAUCACACUGAGUACUCCGUCAUCACCACCGUCUCAAAACACACAGUGAACUGCACAGUCACCCUGACUGUCAAGGACCACACCAACACUGCUGUUGAGUGUGUCAGCAGCAAUGAAUACAGGGAAGUAAAACAAAACUUCACCAUCCAAGUUGACAUGUCAGAGCAAGAAGCAGAUCUGCCUGGACCAGGUGCAGUGCUCCCCUGGGUCCUCACUGCGUUGUCUCUCAUUGUGAAUGUCAUCUUCAUAGUCUGCCUGGUGUUCCUAUGGAACACAAGAAAAAAGGUGAAACCGAACCAAGAGGACAGAACCUACAUGUCGCUGAGGAGAAACGAUCUCUCACCAGAGUAUGAUGUCAUCGGACAACCUCUGAAAAAAUGUUGUCCUGUUACGGGAGAAACUGAGUGUCCCUAUCAAAGACUUAGGAUGUUAGUUGUGAUCUGGGCGACUCUGCUUUUCUCUGUGAGAGGCAGCGAUGCUAACCCGGGUGAAUUUAAUUUGAGAAGACAUGACUGUAUAAUGGGACUCUGUGCCACUCUCAGUGAAGCAGAAAUACCAGCAGAAGCUGGACUCUGUGUUGUGAUUCCGUGUUCCUUCACUACUGAUCAUGUUUUUAAACCCAAAAAUGUGAUUUGGUACAAGUGUGAACCAGACAAACAAAGAUGUGGUGAUUCAGACAUCAUAUUCCGCACCAGCAAAAAUGUUCAGUCUGGGUUCAACGGACGAGUGUCACUGUUGGACCCUGACCUGAGUCAAGGGAACUGUAGCAUAAUCAUCUGUGAUCUUGUCGAGUCAGAUUCUGGAUCAUAUCAAAUCGGACUUGCUGGGAUCCCAUUUGGUAAACCCAGAAUUACUUUUUCUCCAAGAACAACUCUUUCCGUCAAAGGUUCUGUCCAGCAUUCCAGCGCAGCGCUACCCUGGGCUGUUGCUGGUGUGUCACUAAGUAUGAAUGUCGUCUUCACAAUCUAUGUGAUAUUCCUUUGGAAAGCAAGAAUGAAGAAAGAAAGUCAAGCAGACAGAAUUUACAUGUCACUACAGAAAACAGACAGAUCACCAGAGUAUGAUGUUAUUGGCCAACCCCAGACCUGAUAAAUGUCAGCUUAUACUAGAUCUACAGGCUUC